AUGAUUUGUUCAGUUGAUUCACAGGAACAUGAAUCAAGGGAAGAGUGGAAAGUCAAUUUGAUAGUCAAUAAUGAGCCAGUUGAGUUCAAGAUAGAUACUGGAGCUCAGGCUAAUAUCCUCCCUGAAACAAUCUAUCACAAAUUGAAACCGAAACCAAAACUACAAAAAGCCAAAGUGAAGUUAACAGGUUACUAUGAGACAAACAUUCCAGUAAAAGGUCGUUAUUAUGUCCAAAUGGAGUACAAAGGAAUAAAACACAGUGUUCAAUGUUUAAUCAUUCCUGGAAAUCGUCAACCAUUGCUAGGUCUCAGGACGAGUGAAGAGUUAUAUCUAGUAAAACGCGUCUAUCAUGUUGAUAAACAAACAGAGAUAAAAACAGGCAAAACUGUAGUGCAAGAUUAUGACAAUGUAUUUGUAGGAUUAGGAUGUCUUCCAGGCAAACACCACAUCACAUUGAAAGACAAUGCACAACCAGUUCAACAUGCAUGUCGCAAAGUUCCAUUUCCAAUUCAAAAGAAACUAAAAGAGGAGCUAGAUAAGAUGGAAAAUAUGGAUGUAAUCAAACAGGUUGAUGAACCGACAGAUUGGAUGUCUUCUCUUGUUGUAGUCAAGAAAAAGAAUGGUCAACUCAGAGUCUGUCUAGAUCCACGUGAUCUAAAUCGAGCAAUCAAAAGAGAACACUAUAAAUUGCCUUCUAGAGCUGAAAUAUCCUCUCAGUUUGCUGGAGCCAAGUAUUUCAGUAAAUUAGAUGCAUCAAGUGGUUUUUGGCAAAUCCAACUUGAUGAAGAUAGUUCCAAGCUUUGUACAUUUAUCACUCCAUACGGAAGAUAUAGAUUCUUGAGACUACCUUUUGGUAUCUGUAGUGCUCCUGAAGUUUUUCACAAGAUAAUACAUAACUUGUUCGUAGAUGUACCUGGUGUCAAUACCAUGAUGGAUGACAUAGUGGUAUGGGGAAGCACGCAAGAAGAGCAUGACGAUCGUCUGAGAAAAGUUCUAGACAUCGCACAAAAAUCAAACCUGAAACUCAAUCGAGACAAGUGUGAGUUCAAUGUGAACCAGAUGACUUUCAUUGGUGACUUGAUCAGUCAAGAUGGAGUCAGACCAGAUCCUAAAAAGUGGCUGCCAUCAGAAACAUGGCAAGACCAACAUAUUGAUACUAAAUCUGUGAGGGGAAGAAAGGAUGAGCAGAAGGUGAAGCAAAAAGAGCGAUUCGAUAAACAUGCUCGAGACUUGCCAAAGCUAAAACCUGGAGAUAAUGUGAUACUCCAAGACAUGAAAACGAAUACCUGGUCACAACGUGGUAUCAUAAAGUCUGUCAAUAAUCAUAACAGAUCAUACCAAAUUGAAACAGCUACAGGCGAGAUACGUCGCAGAAACAGACGUCACAUCAGGCCAGAUCCGAGACGUCAAGCCGAGUCUAUUCCACUACCAACACAGGAUGACUUCGAGCUAGAUGACAGCACAGACGCGGAACCAGCAUCUGAUGUUCGCGCAUCUUCAUCAUCAUCCCGAACAGAAGCGGACGAGUCGUUAAACCGCCAGAUCGUUUAA